CAGCAGCACUCUCUUCACUGCUGCAUCCUCGAGCCACAGGUGGACAGUUACUCCGAGGAAGAAACACUGAGUGUAUUUUGCCGCCAUCGCAAAAAACAAAAGUCAGUUUCCAUCGAUGCUCAAAAAGAAACAAGUUAAUUUCACUGAGAUCCCGUUGGACCGAGCGCUGCGGUGGGAUCUGGGAUCGACAGGUCGGGUCUGGGACAGUUGCGGAAGGCGCACAGUUUGACAGUAAUGGAAGAUCAACAAGUUUCCUUUUGACAACAUCAGCUCUGUGCAGACAGCUAAUGCCCACAAUGGCGUCUGUCCUGGAUGAUCCAACCCUGGAGAGACACUUCAAGGGUCAUAAAGAUGCUGUCACAUGUGCAGACUUCAGUCCAAACAACAAACAACUGGCCUCAGGGUCAGUGGACAAGAGCCUGAUGAUCUGGAAUCUGACUCUUAAGUUGAGGGCCUUCCAAUUUGUUGGCCACCAAGAUGUCAUCACUGGGGUGCAGUUCUCCCCAUUCGGUAACCUGGUGGCAACGUCCUCCAAGGACAGAACAGUCAGACUGUGGACACCUUCCAUGAAAGGAGAGUCAACGGUGUUUAAAGCUCACACUGCCGCAGUACGCAGUGUUGCAUUCUCCCAUGAUGGCCAGAGACUGGUAACAGCGUCUGAUGACAAGUCGGUCAAAGUGUGGAGCGUUCAUAGACAGUGCUUCAUCUAUUCCCUCAACCAGCACACCAACUGGGUGCGCUGUGCCAGGUUCUCUCCAGAUGGGCGGCUCAUAGCUUCCUGUGGGGACGACCACUCAGUCCGACUUUGGGACACAUCCAGCAAACAAUGCAUCAACUGUUUUUCUGACUACGGAGGGUCAACAACGUCUGUUGAGUUCAACUCCAGCGGCACUUGCAUUGCUUCAUCAGGAGCUGACAGUUCAUUAAAAAUCUGGGAUCUACGGACCAACAAGCUGAUUCAGCAUUAUCUGGUCCACAGUGCAGGAAUCAACAGUUUUUCCUUCCACCCAUCCAACAACUACCUGAUCAGCGGUUCCACUGACGGCACGGUCAAGAUUCUGGACCUGCUGGAGGGACGCCUCAUCUACACCCUGCAUGGACACAAGGGUGCUGUGACCACAGUCGCCUUUUCCAGGACUGGAAAUCAGUUUGCUUCAGGUGGAGCUGAUAGUCAGGUGCUGUUGUGGAGGACAAACUUUGACACCAAAUCCUACCAGGAGGUCCUGCAACAACACAGCCGGAGGUCCACCCCUGAUCCCCCUCCCCACCUCACCGACAUCCACCCCAGAGUACCCCACCUUCAUCACCCGCAGUCCACAGCCAUUCAGAUCAGUCAAACACUGGCAGACACACGGUCAGCUGACCCACAUGUCAUAGAGUUGGGCCAUGCUGUUCACAGCACCAUGCUCUUAAAUGGUCGGACACGCUUGAUGCCCACACAGGCCGCCGCCAACAGACACGACUCCAACAGGUUGCCAGAGUGUCAUGUUGCCAAUUUAAGAGAGGAAGGAUGGAAGUGGGACGAAAGUGCCCGUAGGGCGGGUUCAACUUUGGGGAGCCAAAUUGGGGCUCACGGAGGAGGAAGAGGAAGGAGAGAGGAAGAAGAGGAGGAUACAGAAGAGAUUAACCCACUGGAAGUCCUCUCCGGUCAUCAAUCAAGUCUCGACUCCACCCUGAGGCACAUUGUUCAACAAUUGGAUAUACUCACACAGACUGUUUCAGUGCUGGAGGAGCGUCUCACCCUGACGGAGGACAAGGUGAAGGAGUGUCUCCUUGAGCAAUCCAAGAUUUUCAAGGAUCUGCGAUCAUCAGGAGAGAGGCGGAGGACAGACAGCAGGGAGACGGAUGGAUCGUCCGUCCAUUUCACUUGAGGAUGACCUCGCCUCCUCUCAGAGUGCAGCACAAUUACGGACUGAACACUGCUUGACCAAGGCUGGAAGUGUGUGGUGGUGUCUGUGUGUCACAGGCCACCUUUAGGGACAAAACUCAGACUAACGACAUUUGUUUUUCCAAUUAGGGGGCGGGGGGUUUGUUUGAAAUUUACGAUUGUUACAUUUUCUCUGUCUUUCUUUGACUCUCAAGCUUUAAACAGACAUUCCAUUAGAGUGUGUGGGUCCGUAAUUGUGUGUAUGUGUGUCUGUCCGUGUGUGUGUGUGUGUGUUGAUAUGUGUGUUACAUCCAAACCGGACAGCUGCAGCUAUGAAAACAGACGGUGCAUGUCUGCUGUGUGACCUCCGUGCGUGCGUGUGUGUGUGGGUUUCUCUGUGUUUUUGUGCAUAUUUGAGCUGUCAGUUGCUUCUGCUGUAACAUUUCUCAUUGCACCCUGUUUGUAUCUCUGCCUAAUGCCUAGGGAUUUAGAGUUGCAUUGUGCUACAUACUGGCUAAGUUACACUUCCUUAUUCCAAAAUAAUUUAUAUGAAUAAAUGUUAUACUGUAUUGCACUGAU